AUGGCGAGGGUUUUUGCAGCUUCUCACAUUUCUUUGGACUCAAACUCCGCUGUAAAACUUCUCCAAACCAAACAGAUUUGGAAUUCCUUCAGAGCACUAGAAUCGAAUCAUCUCUUUACGGAGAAAAUGCAAUCGAUUCGUAGCAGUACAAGAUUGCUCCAGAGAAACCGUUUCUCCAUCUCCAACACUCUUCCCCGUUUCACUUCGUCUUCUUCUCCAAACUUGUCUCAUAAUGAUUCUUUCCGUUCCACCAGAGCUUUCGAUACACCAGCGAAGUAUCUCAUUAGCUCGUUGACAAAGUCUGUUUCUUCCUCUUCCUUAUUACUACCUAAACAUAACUUUACGUAUUCAUCGAGGUGCUUUUCCACCGUUGGAGAUUCUGUUCAGUCUACUCCUUCUCAAGGACUUUCUGUGUCAGCUCCUGAUGCGCCUCCAAGAAUCAAGUUCAAGAGGCUUGAUAAAACUGCCAAGCAUAUAAUGCAGAUUGUAGACAAGGAGGCAGUUGAGGAAGUGAGAACUCGUAGAGAGAUACCUGAGAUAAGGCCUGGUUACAUUGUGCAGCUCAAAGUGGAAGUGCCUGAGAACAAGAGGCGUGUUUCAAUCGUGAAAGGCAUUGUCAUUGCAAGGCGUAAUGCUGGUCUUAACUCUACGUUUAGGAUUAGAAGGCUUGUGGCUGGAGUGGGAGUCGAAUCAAUGUUCCCCUUGUAUUCUCCAAACCUGAGGGAGAUUAAGGUGUUGGACAAGAAGAGGGUAAGAAGAGCGAAACUUUAUUACCUCAGGGACAAGAUGAAUGCUCUCAAAAAGCAUUAG